AGAGUCGUGUGUGACAAGGAUAUCUUUGAGACUCAGUGAUCAUUAACCCUUGUUUUUUCUGUAGUUUCUUCUGAAGGACAGCAUGCUAUCACUUAUUCUUUCCUCUACAUGAAUGAAGGGAGCAGCUUCAGAUCAAUUUACCUAAAAGGAAAGCCUAAGUGAGCUACAGUAAGAGGAAUGUUACAGAUGUCUUUUAUGAAUUUUGUGUAAAAUGUCUAUUAAAAGGUCAAUUUACAACAGACCAACAAACAGCACCUGGUAAAUCUGUAACAUAUGACACUGAGAUUGUGUAUAGGAAGCUAAAACAAGUGGAUUGAAUUUUUGUUAAGGAAGUGAACGUGUGCCUUCAUUGUGUUAUUACCAACCAUGGCUGGUGGCGGAGGUCCAACAGCUACAUUCUCAGUCUGGGACUAUGUGGUGUUUGCUGGGAUGAUCUUGGUAGCUGCUGGCGUUGGGCUCUUUCAAGCUUUCCGAGGCCGCAAAGAUAACAGCAGUGCUGAAUUCUUGCUCGGUGGCCGUCAGAUGACAGCAGUGCCAGUCGCCAUGUCCCUCACGGCUAGUUUCAUGUCUGGGAUUACAGUGAUUGGCACUCCUGCGGAAGCCUAUAGAUAUGGCACAGCAUUCUGGCUCUUUGCCUUCUCCUACACCAUCAUGUCCAGCAUCACUGCAGAGAUCUUUGUGCCUCUGUUCUAUCGCCUCGGCAUCACCAGUACAUAUGAGUACUUGGAGCUGCGCUUUAAUAAGGCUAUUCGAGUGAUUGGAACAACCAUGUACAUAAUCCAGACAGCUUUGUACACAGGCAUGGUUAUCUAUGCCCCAGCACUGGCCCUCAAUCAGAUUACUGGCCUGGACCUUUGGGGAGUGCUGGUGGCCACAGGCAUCGUCUGUAUCAUCUAUUGCACCCUGGGAGGCCUCAAGGCAGUAAUAUGGACAGAUGUGUUCCAGAUGGUCAUUAUGCUGGCUGGGUUUAUAGCAGUCAUCGCUCGUGGGGCCGUGCUUCAGGGAGGCUUGGGAAAGAUUUGGGAAGAUAACUACAAUGGAGGGCGCUUAGAUGCGUUUAGUUUUGAUCCAGAUCCCCUGAGACGCCACAGUUUUUGGUCCAUUGUUGUCGGGGGUAGUUUGAUGUGGGUGUCAAUGUAUGCCAUUAACCAGUCACAAGUGCAGCGCUAUAUCUCCUGUAAAACUUUAACCCAUGCCAAAAUGUCGUUGUAUGUAAAUAUGUUGGGGUUGUGGAUUACUGUGAGUCUGGCAAUAUUUUCUGGCCUUACCAUGUACUCUAUAUAUAAAGACUGCGAUCCUUUGACUAACAAAGAUGUUGGUUCUGCAGACCAGCUUCUUCCAUAUCUAGUAAUGGACAUUCUAGCAGAAUUUCCAGGCCUUCCUGGUUUGUUUGUAGCAGCUGCAUACAGUGGGACAUUAAGUACAGUGUCAUCCAGUAUUAAUGCUCUAGUGGCCGUCACAGUGGAAGACUUUGUGAAACCUAUUUGGCCCAAUUUGAAUGAAAAGAAGCUGUCAUGGAUUAACAUGGGCAUGAGUGUUUUAUUUGGAGUUUUGUGCAUUGCUAUGGCAGCGGUUGCCUCUUUGAUGGGAAGUAUAUUGCAGGCUGCCUUGUCUGUAUUUGGUAUGAUCAGUGGACCUCUGUUGGGGAUUUUCCUGCUGGGCAUGUUCUUCCGUUGUGCUAACUCCAUUGGUAGCCUGACUGGAUUAAUAACCGGGCUAAUUAUAACCCUGUGGGUGGGCAUUGGUGCUCAGUUGUACCCUCCUUUACCAAUUAAGACCAAACCACUUCCCCUCAGCGUGGCAGGAUGUAAUGCUGGAGACACAAACAUAACCACUACAGUGGCAGCAUGGACAAGUACAGCCCUACCAACCACAAGCAUUGUGAGACCAGCUCUCGCUGAUUCCUGGUACUCUUUGUCCUACCUGUACUUCUGCCCUGUUGCCAUGCUGGUGACUAUGAGCACUGGGCUAAUUGUCAGUGCCAUCACAGGUGGCUGUAAACAAGAGAAGAUAAACCCAGAUAUGUUUGUUAGGAAGGAAGACCUCAUCUGCUUUGGCUGCAGAAGAACAGACACUGAGAACCCUGCAACAGUCUUGGUUGAGAAGGCAGGGCCAGAGCAUCUGUAUGGCUUGGACAAUCCUCAAUUCAUUGACAUCAAUCAGAAACUAAAGGACAGUGACAAGAUAACCAAGUUCUAAACUAUUUUUCCGUCACCACAUUAGUAUGACUCUAUUCAUGAUCCUGUAAUUAACUACAGGUUGAAACACAGAAUCAACUUAACUAGUAAACUAGUUAUUUUUUUUUAAAAAGAUAAUCAAUUAAUUAAUUCCAGUUUAAACAGCUUUUGUAUUCCAUUGUUAUAGCAUGUCUACUAUUCACUGCCAUCUUUUUAAAGUUGACAUUUCAAAAGUCUAUUUAUUAUUAUUAUUAUUAUUAUUAUUAUUAUUAUUGAUUUGUCAAUUAAAAUAUGAUUAAUUAUAAA